GCGAAAAUUGCAAAUAUGACACAUGAUUUGUAGUUUUCGAUUGAUAAUUGAAUCAGUGCUAAGACAACAUUUGCUAUUUAAACAACGUUGCUAGAAAUAUCGCACUAUCUGCGAGCAGAAUGGAACUUAAAGAGAAACUCUUCAAAAUCCUGUGCACUUUUGCCACACUUCUUGUCGCCGUCAAUUCCGUCAAAAGCGCGGGCGAUGUGGAAUUCAAGACUAGCCUGGACAGCUUUAGCCAACAGCUCUUUGGCGAAUUGUUCAAGACAAAUAGCCAGAAGAACAUCAUCUAUUCACCAUUUUCCAUACACAGCUGCUUGGCCAUGACACGGAUGGGAGCGGGUGGUGAGACAGCCACUGAAAUGGAUCAGGGGUUAAAAUUCAACGGACAAACACCGGAAAGUGUGGCGGAAAACUAUCACACCCUCUUGGCAAAAUACGAAGAUGGUAAAAUGUUAAAAAUUGCCAAUAAGGUCUAUGUUAAGCAACACACCGUACUAGAGGAUGUUUUUCAAAAAACACUUGAGGAGAAAUUCUACUCUAAGCCGGAAUAUGUGGACUUUGAGCGUGCCAAUGAAGCUGCUGAUAGCAUUAACAAAUGGGUUGAGUCGAAAACCGACAAUAAAAUCCACAACAUGGUCUCGCCCGCAUCAUUGGGCAUUGAUACCUUCCUGGUGUUGGUGAGUGCCAUACACUUUAAGGGCGAGUGGAAAACGAAAUUCGAUGUGGAAUACACAAGCGAUCAAGAUUUUUUCAUUAAUGACAGCGAAAGUGUUAAAGUUCCCAUGAUGGUGACCGAAGAUUAUUUCGAAUAUGCCGAUUUACAAGAUUUGGAUUGUAGCGUUGUCCGCCUGCCCUAUAAAGAUAGCGAUAUUUCGAUGCUAAUUGUAUUGCCCAACUCGAAGACGGGUUUGACUUCUUUAGAAGAAAAACUGCGAACUGUUUCGCUGAAGUCCCUGAAGCCACAUUUGUCUAAGGAUCAUGUUGAGGUGUCGAUGCCCAAAUUUGAGGCGGAAUUUGAAAUUAAUUUAUCGGAGCCACUGAUGAAUAUGGGCAUGAAACAAAUGUUUGGCCGUGCCGAUUUCACCAAAAUGAAAAAAUCUCCCGAGCCUCUGUACAUCUCAAGUGCAGUUCACAAGGCUUUUAUUUCGGUUACCGAGUAUGGCACUGAAGCCUCUGGAGCAACAAGUAUUGUUGCAAACUCCCGUUCACUGCCCAUUUUCUUCACUGCAAACCAUCCAUUCUACUAUGCCAUAAUUAAUGAAGAUUUUAUACCCAUUUUCCAAGGCACAGUUGUUAAUUUUUAAAAAAAGAUCCUGGCCAUUAUUGUUUAUUAGAAUAUUUGUGAAAAAAGUGAAAUUAUUAAAUUAAAUUCAUCUUCUCCUUAAAAAUUUUAAUUUAAAUUUUAAUGAAUGAAUUUAAUGAAAUUUUUUAUCAUUAAAAAAAAGGACAAAAAAUCUAUCUCAAAUUCAUGAAUAGGCAAAUAGUGAUGUAUUGGUUUGAUUGACAAAUAAUUAAAUUGGCAAAACAGGAAUUGGUAAGAAUAUUUGUCAAUACCAAAUACCUCAAAAUCCGUGCGAAAUAUUAGUUUAUGAUUUCUAUAUACAAAAAUGUUUUUUAUAUACAUUCACCGUACAUUAGUAUGUGUGUAAGGCAUGGAGAAAUGUUUUUGGAAAAAAUAAAUAUGUCCGUAUAUAUAUAUAUAUAUAUAUAUAUAUAUAUUUGUAUCUGUCACCAUCGA